AUGGUACAAAGAUGAUUAUAUUCAACAAAUGCUAAAGAUAUUGCAGUAUUAUAUUUUAUGAUUGCAUUAUUUAGUGGUAUGGCAGGUACAGCUAUGUCUAUGAUUAUUAGAUUAGAAUUAGCUGCUCCUGGUUCACAAUAUUUAGCAGGUAAUAAUCAAUUAUUCAAUGUAUUAGUUGUAGGACAUGCUGUUUUAAUGAUUUUCUUCUUAGUUAUGCCAGCAUUAAUUGGAGGUUUUGGUAACUAUAUGUUACCAUUAAUGAUUGGUGCAUCAGAUAUGGCAUUUCCAAGAUUAAAUAAUGUUGGUUUCUGAUUAAUUGUUCCUGCUUUAGUUUGUUUAGUUACUUCUACAUUAGUAGAAGCAGGUGCUGGUACUGGUUGAACUGUAUAUCCACCAUUAUCAUCAAUUCAAGCUCAUUCAGGACCUAGUGUUGAUUUAGCUAUUUUUGCAUUACAUUUAACUUCUAUUUCAUCAUUAUUAGGUUCAAUUAAUUUUAUUGUUACAACAUUAAAUAUGAGAACUAAUGGUAUGACAAUGCAUAAAUUACCAUUAUUUGUAUGAGCUAUUUUCAUUACAGCUUUCUUAUUAUUAUUAUCAUUACCAGUAUUAUCAGCAGGUGUUACAAUGUUAUUAUUAGAUAGAAACUUCAAUACUUCAUUCUUUGAAGUAGCUGGAGGUGGUGAUCCCAUUUUAUACCAACAUUUAUUCUGAUUCUUUGGUCAUCCAGAAGUAUAUAUUUUAAUUAUUCCUGGAUUUGGUAUUAUUUCACAUAUUGUAUCUACUUAUUCUAAAAAACCAGUAUUUGGUGAAAUUUCUAUGGUAUAUGCUAUGGCAUCUAUUGGUUUAUUAGGAUUCUUAGUAUGAUCACAUCAUAUGUAUAUUGUAGGAUUAGAUGCUGAUACUAGAGCUUAUUUCACUUCUGCUACUAUGAUUAUUGCUAUUCCUACAGGAAUUAAAAUUUUCUCAUGAUUAGCAACAAUUUAUGGAGGUUCUAUUAGAUUAGCAGUUCCUAUGUUAUAUGCUAUUGCAUUCUUAUUUUUAUUCACUAUUGGUGGUAUGACAGGAGUAGCAUUAGCAAAUGCAUCAUUAGAUGUAGCAUUCCAUGAUACAUAUUAUGUAGUAGGUCAUUUCCAUUAUGUAUUAUCAAUGGGAGCAGUAUUUUCAACUAUUGCAGGAUAUUAUUAUUGAAGUCCUCAAAUUUUAGGAUUAUAUUAUAAUGAAAAAUUAGCACAAAUUCAAUUCUGAUUAAUUUUUGUAGGAGCUAAUGUACUAUUUAUGCCUAUGCAUUUCUUAGGUAUUAAUGGUAUGCCUAGAAGAAUUCCUGAUUAUCCUGAUGCUUUUGCUGGUUGAAACUAUGUAGCAUCAGUAGGAUCAUUUAUUGCUAUGAUCUCAUUAGUUUUAUUUAUUUACAUCUUAUAUGAUCAAUUUGUAAAUGGUUUAACUAAUAAAGCUAAUAAUAAAUCAGUAUUAUAUACUAAAUCACCUGAUUUUGUAGAAUCUAAUGAAAUCUUUAACUUAAAUACUAUUAAAACUUCUUCUAUUGAAUUCUUAUUAACUUCACCACCAGCUGUUCAUUCAUUUAAUACACCAGCUGUACAAUCAUAA